AUGAUCCCGAUAACGCCCUUGACGCUCCUUGUGCUCGUAUCCGUGGCACCGGCCACGUACGGCCUCCUGUCGAACUACCGAGGCAUCGGUUUCGAUGGGUUCGGCAUUUGCCCGGCCGAUAUACGCAACUGUUCGUGCAAGUCGUACACGGGCUCGGAGAGUGAAAUUGACUGCCCCAGCGUGGACCCGACGGUACAGCUGCGGAUAGAGCCGCACCAGUACGCGGAGGUCAAGUGCCGCCGGAAUCAAGUGCACGACUUCGCCCAGAUUCCGCAGUUGGCGAUCGGAGACACGAAGCGAUUGACCAUCGACGACUGUCCGCUGCCGAGCGGCGACCUUUCCAUACUGCAGUUUGUGGAGUUUUUGGGUACGUCGCAGGUGAAGCUGCUCUGGCUGAAGAACAACGCUCACAACGAGCAUAGUGCAGCGCUGGUGCCGCACCACUUUAAGGGUCUCGACAGUUUGGAUCGGUUGGCGAUCAGCAACGGGAAGCUGCAAGACAUCCAGCCGCACCUGUUUGAGCAUCUGCCGAACCUCACGUGGCUCGAUAUGCGCGACAAUGUGCUCAACCUUCCACCGACGGUGUUCGACCGUCUGCCGAAGCUACGGAUCCUCGAGCUCAACUUUAACGGUUUGGAGGAUUUGCAACCCCGGCUCCUGCGGAACCUGUCCAAUUUGCGCCUGCUCAGCCUGUGGCACAAUGAGCUGCGCAGCAUCAACCGACACACGUUCGAGGGCGUGCCGCGACUCGAGCGCCUCGAUCUAUCGGCCAACAAGCUGGAAAACGUUGCCGGUGAUACGUUCAGUGUUCUGCCCCGUCUAACGGAGAUCGCCCUCGGUUACAACCGAUUUCGCGCCCUUCCCGAAGGACUGUUUCGGGCGAAUCGGGAGCUUCAGAAAAUAAAACUAGCAUUCCAGCAGGCGGAGCUGGCAACGGUGCCGCUCGAUUUGUUCCAGAAUCUACCGGCACUGAAGCAGGUAAUACUGGAGCAGAACGGACUGACGAGCCUCCCCGGGACGAUGUUCAAGGGCUCGCCGAACAUUACGGAGAUCAAUCUGGCGUCGAAUCGUCUGCGAGAUCUGCCGGGGAACCUCCUGUACGAUCAGCGCUCCCUGCAAGUGCUGUACUUGCAGUCCAACCAGCUGACAAGCCUACCGGAUGGCUUGCUGCAGAACACACUGGAACUGCAAGCGCUACACUUGACUCACAAUCAAAUCGAACAACUAUCGGCUGGCUUCCUACGGUCCGUCACGAAGCUGGACGAGCUGUACCUUGCCCACAACCAGCUGCACCACAUCGAUUUGCAGGCAUUCCAGCGCACGACCAACCUGCGAACGCUGCACUUGCAGAACAAUCAGCUUACCUUCGACCCGUUCAACACGAUCAGCGUCGCGGAAGCGGAAGCUGAGGCGAGCGGCGAGCUCGGGCUGUUCGUCAGGAAUGGCACCCCGUUCCAGUAUCUGCACCGCUUGCAAGAGCUGGACCUAUCGCACAACGCCCUAUCGACGGUGUUCCGCGACCUGCUCGUGAACAUGCACAGCCUGGAACGGUUGAACCUCAGCUGGAACAACAUCACGAGUCUGACCGUGGCCAACCUGCAGUUCCUGGCCCAGCAGGUGGUGGUCGAUUUGCGGCACAAUCACAUCUUUGAGAUUAACCUAGCCGACCUGGAGCGACUGGUGCAGCUGGAGACUGACCCGCCGCCCGCCGCGGGCGAAGAUGACGCUGGCGUACGGCGCAGGAAGGCGCAGGCUCGAAUCUUGCUGAACGAUAACCCGCUCAACUGUAACUGCAUAGUGUAUCCCUUUGCCCGGUACGUGCAGCGCAAGCUGAGCGCCGACGUUUACGAGCGCCUAGAGCUGGUGGCCGACGAACUUAGCUGCCACGGGCCCGAACAGCUGCACGGUAUACUGAUCCGGGACAUCCCGCUGCGGGAGCUGCUGUGCGAGUUGGAUCCCCCGUCGACCGAGAUCCGUCACUGCCCGGACAGCUGCAAGUGCUUCAUACGGCCGGCCGAUUUCGGUGUCGUGAUGAAGUGUAACGGGCAAGCGCUAGUGCAGCUACCCGAGCUGCCCGUGCCGAGCUCCUUCGGCUACCGUUUCAUCGAGCUGCACGUGGAAAACAACAACAUCACGGCCCUGCCGUUGCCGAAUGUUGCGCGCGGUUGGAGCGAGGUGCAGCAGCUGUACGCUGCCAACAACUCCAUCACCGACAUCUCGGUGGAACAGCUGCCCAAAGGGUUGCGCGUGCUGGAUCUAACACGCAAUCGGCUCACCAAACUCGACGCACCCACCAUCGGGUGGCUCAGCGGAGACAGUGGCGAGGAACCGCCCACCAGCCUGCGGCUGGCGCAAAACGAAUGGGUUUGCGACUGCGAGACGGCACCGUUGUUGACGUUCGCGCACGCCAACCAGAAGCACAUCGAAGACUUUGCCCGGUUACAGUGCGCCGACGGGCGCCACUUUGACGUGACCACGAUCAGCGAUCUGUGCACGGCGGAAACGUACACCGUUGUGGUGCUGGUCUGCGUUGCCGUGUCCAUUGUGGCGUGUUUGGUGGCGCUGCUUUCGUUCCUGUACUACAGCUACCAUCUGGAGCUGAAGGUGUGGCUGUUCAAGCACGGUCUCUGCAUGUGGCUUGGUGCCGAUGAAGAGGCGGACUGCGAGAAGCAGUACGAUGCAUUCAUUUCGUACUCGCACAAGGACGAAAGCUUCAUCACCGAGCACCUGGUGCCGACGCUCGAGCGGCACCCGAUGAACUUCAAGAUCUGCUGGCACAUGCGUGACUGGAUUCCGGGCGAGAUGAUUGCAUCCCAGAUAUCGAGCUCGGUGGAAAAGUCUCGCCGCACCAUCAUCGUACUGUCGAGCAACUUUCUCACCUCGCUGUGGGGUCAGCUCGAAUUUCGCACCGCGCACCUACAAUCGCUGACCGAAAAGCGCAACCGAGUGAUCAUCAUCAUCUACGACAACAUCGGCAGCAUCGACGAGCUCGAGCCAGAGCUACGGGCCUACCUCAAGACGAACACCUACGUGAGGUGGGGCGAUCCGUGGUUCUGGGACAAGGUGCGCUACGCGAUGCCCCACCCCGCGCACAUGGUGCGGGACGGACGGAAGCUGGGUGGACUGUUCAUGAAGCAGCUACAAAGUUCGCUCGACGAUAAGCUGGAGCUCAUCAAACCCGCGGUAGUGUCGGCCACGUCGGUUACGGUGACCGAGCCACCGCUCGAAUCGGUAUGCUCACCGAGUACCCCACCAACUGUCACCUCAUCACCGUUCACCGUUAGCCACGAGAAAACCGCCACAGCUACACCACUGCCACCAUUCUCCACGGCCAACGGUGGUCACCGUCGGCAGCUGGUGUAUCCGGUCGGUGCCGGCAACGGGCACAUCAAUGGUGCCUUCGUCAUUCAGCAAGGCUUGCCUAUUUCGGUGUCGAGCGGAGAAGUAGUGCAGCUGACCGCCGGCAGCCUCGAGUGUCCCGCGAAAUGUAGCUGCCCACAGGUACACGGAGGAAGCGAAAAGCAACAAAUUCGGUGCCCAAGCUUCCAGCUCGAUAUUGACUACAGCAUCUCGCACGUGAAAGUGCACUGUUCGAAGAACAAUGCUAACGAUUUCGAGAGCAUUCCGCCUCUGACAGCGUCUGAGAACAGCAGCUUCCUUCAGCUGACGUACUCGAACUGCGCAAUACCAUCGAACCGCUCGCUGGCUGCCACACUGCAAUUCUUCGGUCCCGGCGCGAUGGAAAAACUCGAAAAGCUCUUCUUCGUCGGCAACGGGUACAACGCCCACAGUGCACCACUUACCGCGGUCCUGUUCGACGAGUUGCCCGCCUUACACACGAUUUCACUGAAGAGCGCUACCGCCCAGCCCAUUCCCGAUGAUGAUCUCUUUCGCCAUGUGCCACUGCUAAGCUGGCUCGAUUUGCGCGAAUAUCAUUACGAUGUUCCGGCGACCCUGCUGACGAACCUCACCCAGCUGAGUGUUCUGGAGCUCACCCAUACGACACUGCAAUCGUUGCCGGACGGUCUACUUCAAGAUCUAGCUAAUCUUGAGACACUGAACAUGUUUGGCAAUCGUCUUCAGCGGUUGCAGUCGCUGAGCGGUUCACCGCGACUGAAAACCAUCGACGUCAGCGGUAACGAGCUCACCGUUCUGCCAACGGAUUUGUUUGGUGGGUUGACACACCUCGAAACGGUUCAGCUGCACUACAAUCGGAUCACGGAGCUGCCCGACGGGCUGUUGCAGGACCAAACCCAACUUAGGAGCAUAUCACUCGCAAACAAUCAACUAACAACGCUUCCGGCUACGCUUUUCCUUGCGACCACUGCGCUUACUGCGCUCGAUUUGUCCGGAAACCGUCUCGCAGCGCUUCCGCCGAACCUACUGCAACGUCAGGCGGGGCUGCAGGAGCUGCGGUUAUCGCGCAACGCACUGUCCGGCGAGCUGCCCGAUGCGUUGUUGCGAAAUACGACGCAACUUAGGGUGCUCGACUUAACCGACAACCAACUGGAGACCAUCAAUAAAAACGUAUUUGCGUCGCUCUCGGCAUUGGAAGAGUUGCACAUGAGCCACAACCGAUUACGGGUGAUCGAUCUGUACGCAUUCCGCGAACAGAGCGUGUUACGGAUGCUCUCCCUGAGCCACAACAACCUGUCCUUCUACGAGGGCGAUAAAAGUAUCGCCUAUGUGGACGGAAAGGCACUGCUCAUACACCGUACUCCGUUCGAUACCAUAAAAAAACUGACACACCUCGACCUUUCGCAUAACGCUCUUCGCACGGUGUUUGCCACGUUUGCCGACUUUAUGCCGCUGCUCGAGCGACUCAACUUAGCUCGAAACAAUGUUACGACCAUCGACUUCGGAGACUUUGUCUUCAGCUCGAAAAAACUGCAGGAGCUAGAUCUGCGAGGAAACAAACUGCACACGGUUGACUUCUCCAAACACCGCACAUCAAGCGCACGAUCGUUGCCCAGGCGCGUGCUCCUGAACGAUAAUCCAUUGCAGUGUGACUGCCAGGUUCAUGCGUUCAUACGCUACGUCCAGGUGGUAACGGAGGAAGUGCGCUUCGUGACGGAUGAGUUGCGGUGUGCCACACCCGAACGGCUGCACAACACACCCGUCAGAGACGUUAGCCCCAUGGACCUGCUGUGUGAGGCGCCCGAAAAGGACUGCCCGGUGAGUUGCAGUUGCUACACCAGGCCCGAAGAUCGUUACGCCAUCAUCGAUUGCGCACAACGCAAUCUCACCCAGGUGCCCUUGUUACCAACACCGCACGCCAUCCUAAACUCCAGCUUCAUUGAGUUGCACCUGGAGCGAAAUGCCCUCUCGGAAUUGCGGGAACCCAACCUGCCGGUGGAAGGAGUAAACGAGAGCGGAUGGCGCCACGUUCACCGGCUGUACGCAUCCGACAAUCACAUUGCCGUGGUGGAAGCUUCUAGUCUACCGACGCAGCUGGAAACGCUCGAUCUGAGCGGAAACGUUCUCACGCAGCUCGAGGAGCCCGUUCUGAGUGCACUGGGUCGUGUUGUAAGCCUCCGGUUGUCGCGAAACGCUUGGAGCUGCAGUUGCGAUGCGCCCCAGUUUGUGUCGUUCGCCCACACGCAACGGAAGCGUAUAAAUGACUUCGCCACACUUCACUGUGCCGAUGGUGCUCCACUCGAAACGACCACCACGGAGACGGUUUGUGCUGCAAGAACCAGACGACUGAUCUUUAGCUGUGUUACACUCGCCAUCGUUGCGUCGGUAGCUGCGCUGCUCACACUGCUUUACCAUCGCUACCGGCUCGAAGUGAAGGUGUGGCUCUUCACGCACAAUAUCUUCCACUGGCUAACGGACGACGGUGAAGAGCGCGAUGCCGGCAAGCUGUACGAUGCGUUUGUAUCGUACUCUCACGUCGACGAAUCGUUCAUUGCCGACCAUCUGGUUCCGCGCCUGGAGCAACAUCCCCCUCGCUUCCGGCUCUGUUGGCACGUGCGAGAUUUUACGCCCGGCGAAAUGAUCUCAACGCAGAUUACAAAAGCAGUAGAAGACUCCCGCCGAACGAUUAUCGUGCUGUCGCAGAAUUACUUAAAGUCAGUCUGGGGCAAGAUGGAGUUCCGCACCGCGUACUUGCAGUCGGUGUCUGAGCAGCGUAAUCGCGUGAUCGCCAUUAUUUACGAGGACAUCGGCAACAUCGACGAGCUGGAUGCAGAUCUGCGCGCGUUUCUCCGAUCGACCACCUACCUACAGUGGGGUGACACCUGGUUCUGGCAAAAGCUAACCUAUGCCAUGCCGCGCCCUCCCAAGAAUGCAGCAGAUGGCCGGCGACACAAUCUGGAUCAAAACCUGCAAAUGGCCUCGACCGGGAAGCUAAAGAUGACGGGGGACUUAGAAAUGGCUCAAACCGAACCGGAAAACAAUAAAGUCGCGGAGCCGCAGCUCCCCAUCGAGCAUAUGGCGAUCUCCGAGGAAGCAUCGGUACAAAACGGAACCAUCAAACAACCUUUCACGAUUAGCAAUGGAUUGCUGUAGGAGCUCUGUGUGUGUGGUUUUGCCGGGGGCUGGACGAAUUGUACGUUGCUCCUCUCGCACAAUCACGGAAGAGAUUUUGGGAUGAACAUUCGAAUAGCAAACAACGGGUCAACCGACAAACAAGGAAACAAUGCGAAACAAAAACGAAACCAAAAUGGUGAAUUUCCAAAUCGCCUGUCGGUGGACUGUGGUUAGCCUUUUUAAGGCUUUUUUUAAGAUUGACCACUGCUAGCUUUCUACGACAGAUCGAUACUCAAAAGCAAACAUCAAUCAAAACUGGCCUAUAACACUGGCAUCAACUACACUCGCGUCUCCCCCGACCGAUGUGUGCGGUGUGCGUUUUCGUUUUAAAACGAAAUAGUAAUUAAACUAUAAUCAUACUUGCAUUCCGACCCGAAGUCUUAGUGUAAACUUAGUCAACAUAGAAAUAAUGUAUACUGUAAGAACGAUUUGGCCAUAGCGGUGUGAAUGAGACGUAUCAUUCAAAAGAUAUGGUUUUUUUAAAUAAACUACACAUUUAUC